CGCUCCGCCCGGGGAUUGGCUGCCGCACACGGCAGUGGGCAGAGCGGCGUCCGCUGCGGCCGCGGCCGGUCGGUGUGUCGGUGCGGAGCGGCCAUGACCGCGCACAGCUUCGCGCUGCCGCUCGUCCUCUUCUCCGCAUUCUGGGGCCUCGUGGGCAUCGCCGCCCCCUGGUUCGUGCCCAAGGGGCCGAACCGCGGGGUCAUCAUCACGAUGCUGAUCACGACCGCCGUGUGCUGCUACCUCUUCUGGCUCAUCGCCAUUCUGGCCCAGGCCAACCCCCUCUUCGGGCCGCAGCUGAAGAACGAGACCAUCUGGUACGUGCGCUUCCUCUGGGAGUGAGCAGUCCCUGGGAGCUGGCACCUGAAUGGAGACCCCCCUCAAAAUCCUCACCCUCCUGCUGCUGUUCCAGCCUCUAUCCUCCUGUACCAGGCAGCGCCCAGAGGUGCUGGGACAGAGGCUGGACCCGCUGCCCCAGGACACCCUGAGCACUGCAACCUGGACCAAUGAUGCCUGUGCCCCUGAGCAUAGCAAGCAGCACCCCUGCCUGGGACAAGGGCCUGGUAAUCCCAGCCCUGGGAGCAGCCAUACUACCAGGGAAAGAUCCUCUCAUCUGGCACCGUGCUGCAGUCACUGACACUGAGCACUGUCCCAAGAGGGCUCUGUGCGUAGUGCCAGUGGAUCCUGUCCCUGGAGUGCUCGCCCUGCUCCCUCCAGCGCAUUCAGCCCUAGCCCCUGAGUGAAACCACUGCUCGUAGCCCAAACUGCCCAACUAGUUGCCAUAUCCCUGGUCAUUUCAGGCACCAGCUGCCCUUCUGUGUGAGAAGACCGGAGCCUGUAAUCCUCCUCUGUUGUAUGGUCAGUCUCCUGCAGUGAGGGUGGUCUUGGCUAAGACACAGAUUCUGUCUGUAGGUGUGGGAAGGCAGGGCUGACCCUGGAGGAGCACGUGGGUGUGAUGAGGGAGGUGCUGGGGUGCAGGGCAGGGGUUCUGCUGUUUGGCAGCCUGCUGGGGGGAGUUAAAGUGCUGCUGUGUGUCCUCCUGCCUCUGCAGUGAGGGUGCUGCAGUAGUGUCUAGCUCCCCUCAACCCCCCCACCCUUCUGUCCAGGUUCUGCGAAGAACCGAGUAGGGUGCAAUGGUUCAGAUUUCCCUUUAUUUAUCAGAUAAUUUAUCAGUAUUUAUUUGUCUGUGUUUGUUAGAUUUGUGUUGUGGAAAUAAAUCCUUUUUCUAGUAAGUGA